CAUGCCACCAAACAACGGCCAACCAUCUUUGGGACAUUGACAAAUGAGAAACCAGCAUGUGACCACAAAAGGGACAACAUGCCUCAAACGCCGCCGUUUCCGGGAGUGUUUGGCACCAGCGGUUAUAACAAGAAUCUCUACCAGACAAAGGAGGAGAGCUACGCUGGGCUGUAUUACCAUGACAACAACCUCGUGUCAGGGUCUCUCGAGGCCCUCAUUCAGCACUUAGUCCCCAGCGUGGACUACUACCCUGAUAGGACGUACAUCUUCACCUUCCUGCUCAGCUCCCGGCUCUUCAUCCACCCCCAUGAGCUCAUGGCCAAAGUGUGCCAGCUCUGCGUGGAACACGAGAGACUCAGCGACCCCCAGGCUGACAAGAUGAGGAUCAGGAAGAUCGCCCCCAAGGUGCUGCAGCUGCUGACGGAGUGGACGGAGACGUUCCCCUACGACUUCAGGGACGAGCGCAUGAUGCGCGGCCUGAAGGAGCUCACGCACCGAUUGGCCAGCGGAGACGAGCUCUACCGCAAGGCGGUCCAGCAGGUGACCCAGGCUCUGAUCCGUAAGCUAGCCACCCUCAGCCAGUAUGAGGAGGCCCUGGCCAAAAUCAACGCCACGGCCACGGACAGGCUGACCGUCCUGAAGACCAAGCCCCAGUCCAUCCAGCGGGACAUCCUGACCAUCUGCAACGACCCAUUUACUCUCGCCCAGCAGCUCACUCACAUAGAGCUGGAAAGACUGAGUUAUAUUGGCCCUGAGGAGUUUGUCCAAGCCUUUGCUCAGAAAGGCCCGCUGGACAACGAUAAGAGCUGCUUCAGCGAUCACAAGAAGGCGAGUAACCUGGAGGCGUACGUGGCGUGGUUCAACAGACUCAGCUACCUGGUGGCCACAGAGAUCUGCAUGCCUGUUAAGAAGAAGCAGAGGGCUCGGGUCAUCGAGUUCUUCAUCGACGUGGCCCGGGAGUGCUUCAACAUAGGCAACUUCAACUCCCUCAUGGCAAUUAUCUCUGGGAUGAACAUGAGCCCGGUGUCCCGGCUGAAGAAGACCUGGGGAAAAGUCAAAACCGCCAAGUUCGACAUCCUGGAGCACCAAAUGGAUCCAUCCAGCAACUUUUACAACUACCGAACGGCGCUGCGCGGAGCGACUCAGAGGUCCAUAACAGCCCACAGCAGCAGGGAGAAGAUUGUCAUACCAUUCUUCAGCUUGUUAAUCAAGGACAUCUACUUCCUCAAUGAAGGCUGUGCCAACCGGCUGCCAAAUGGACAUGUGAAUUUUGAGAAAUUCUGGGAACUGGCCAAGCAGGUGAGCGAGUUCAUGACCUGGAAGAAGGUGGAGUGCCCCUUCGAGAGAGACCGCAAGAUCCUGCAGUACCUCCUGACCGCGCCCGUCUUCAGCGAGGACGCUUUGUACCUGGCCUCGUACGAGAGCGAGGGCCCCGAGAACAACAUGGAGAAGGACAGAUGGAAGUCUCUAAGGUCUACUCUACUAAGUAGAGUGUGAAGUACCGAAGCCACGCGCUGCGCAGCCGAGCCCGCCCUGGCAAAACGCCCGCGCUCCGCUGCGUCCUGGACACACAAAGUAUCCCCAUUACAAGGGGAACGACAAUCUUUACAGGACCUCGCUGUUUCACCGCAACGGGUUUCUAAGAGACCGUCACGUUUUUUUCGCUCUUCGUACUGGGCGUUUGGGGACUGCUUUUUUCAUCUCUUUGUAAGAAUUUGUAGUCUUUUUUUUAAAACAAAGAAAAACUAUUCUUGUCAAAGAGAAAGGAUCCAGACGACACAAAUCAUUUUGCCGUGCUUCUGCCAGAAGACGGUCGCAAAUGGGCCGGGCGGUGAGGAGGGACCCAGAUGCUGUUGACGCAAAUAGAGUCCUGACAUUUUCAAAGUGUACGUUCUGUCUUCAUGAAUAGGAGUUGGCUGCUGGUUGGCUAACUCAGUCUGAAUGGUUCGUAAGCUGCUCUCUAAAACCAGCAUCAUGUUAUACGUACUGAGAGAACAGAACUGUUUGUUCAUCAUGUAGCUGGAGCAUAAAUGAUUUCAGUCCUUACGCUGACAUUGUUUGUAGUUUUUGUUGUGUACGUUCAUUAUUUUUUUCUACAUGUAAAUAGGAGUAACUGUGUCACUCCAGCCCAGUGUGGUUUUCCCACCCUUUUUGGGACGAGGACUUCUCUCAGGAGGGUGCCAAGUGCACCGAGUUUAGGAGUAACUGAUGUCAUUUUCUGUGCUGUGGAAAGAACUGUAAUACACUAAAAAUGAAUACAUUCCUCCCAGCCCUCCCCCUUCCCUUAUCUCAGGGGCAUUGGCCAUAAGGGUACACAGCGUGUACGUGUGGAGAUACCAUGUCCCCAUUAUCAGUGUUAUUUGGGUUCAUCCAUUAGCCACUCCAUGGCUAAAUAUAGAGUUGAAGUACUAUUCGCUUCAAGCACUUAAGAUUACUCACUAUUUGUGAGAGGAGGCUUUUAUGAAUCACAAAGCCCCGCCCACCCCCGCGCUGCAUAAUGCAGUCAUGCAAUGAGGUGAUGUAGGUUAGAGAUGAGGGAGUGAGGCUUCAUAAUGGGGUGGAGCUUCUUUGUGCUGUCAGUCACUGACAUAUCAACCAAUCAAAAUACUUUGUCCUUCAUUAAAAAAAACACUACGAUUGGUUCAAAUCAAUGGGUUAAUGAUAGCACAGAGUAGCUCUACCUGUUCUGGGGUUCAUGAAGCCUUACUGUCCCAUCAUUAAUUUAGGCCCCUGGUGCCUAAGCCAGGUGGAUAGUGAGGUAAGGUAUUUAAGUAGAUGAAAUUGUGCGGGCUAGCCCCUGUUUAAGUGCGAGUGCUAUAUUUUAAUAUUGUUUUUUUUUUUUUACUAAAUUGUCCAAAAAUUAUUUAUGUUCCCUAAAGUUAUUUGAGCUUUCAUAUGUUUUCUGAGUUAAUUUACUGAUAUUUACUGUUAUUUUAUUAUAUUGUCCUUAUUUAAUUUUGUACUAGGUACAUAACACACUUUGGUAGCCAUUUA